ACCACUUGUGGCUUUCAAUAAACAAGCAUUACACAACAAAAACAACUGCACGAGACUGAGCUUCGAAGGUCGUCUUAAAAUUCUGUAUAGUGGCCAUUAUUUAAAAAAAUCCAUCAUGCCAGAAGGUCCUGAGCUACAUUUGGCCAGUAGAUUCGUAAAUCAAUCCUGCAUUGGGCGCAUUUUCAGUGGGAAAAUUGAUAAGAACCCGGUGCACAAGUGCAGCGACAUUGAAUUCGACGCGACAGAGUACACCAUCGCCGCGGCUUCCCGGGGGAAGGAGAUGCAGCUUACGCUAACAAAGCUCGACCGUGUCAACAUUGGAAAAUCGGAAAGUAGCGAUGGCGGUGGCGACAAGAAAAAGAAAACGCCAAGAGGAAGGAAGAAGACCAUAGCCCAGGAUCAGGACGAGACAGAUGAUAAGAAGAAAUUAAAGAUUCCCGAGACACUAAAAAUCCUAUUCCGAUUUGGGAUGUCUGGAAACUUCCAAUUUACCACACUGGACGAUAUCCACAAGCACGCCCAUUUGAAAUUCUACACGAAUGAUAAACCUCUAAUGGUCUUGAGUUAUGUUGAUAUUCGCAGAUUUGGACGUUGGGAGGUUGGUGCGGAUUGGUCUAAAAAUCGUGGUCCUGAUCCAAUGUUUGAGUACCAAGCAUUCAGGUCUAAAGUGGUGGAGAACAUCAACAAAGCAGCUUUUGAUCAGCCAAUCUGUGAAACUAUGCUAAAUCAGAAAUUCUUCAAUGGAAUUGGCAACUAUCUAAGAGCAGAAAUUCUCUACAGGUUGCGUAUCCCUCCGUUUGAGAAAGCAAGAACUGUGCUGGAAGGACUGAGUGCUGAACCACCUGAUGUGAAACCAAUGAAGGGCGGAGCAAAGAAAGGAGAGCAACCAGAUUUACUCCAUCUGUGUCACACAGUGCCUCUUGAGGUUAUUGCUAUAGGUGCUGGUGGAUACACGGCCGAUGGUAAAGCAUCCGACUACUCUGAUUUCAUGAAAUGGCUUCAGUGUUACUAUCAGGAUGGGAUGAAGAACAUGGUAGAUCAUAAUGCUAGGACCAUCUGGUUUUCAGGACCACCAGGACCAAUGACACCUAAAGAUGAAAAAUCUCGGAACAUCAGAAGUCCAAAGAAACGUCCAAAGGCUACUGACACUGACAAUGUACAAACUAAAGUGAAGUCAAAAAGGAAAGAAGGGUCUGACAUUGAUGUCCCCCAAAAGAGCAGUAAGAGACCAUCAAAGCGCAAAUCGACCGCUACCUCUGCAACGGAAGCUGUACCCAAAGCCCCACGACCAUCACAGAAGAGGAGAAAUUCAAGUAAAGAGGCAAGCGGUGAGAAAAGCGAGGAGAGUCAGAAAGAAAAAAGUAAGAAGGGGAAAGGAACUUCAAAAAGUGUGCAAUCUGGAAAAGAGUUGAAGAAGAAAGCUAGUGUGAAGGGCCGCAAGAAAGGUAAAAUACACGCACAAGUUAGAGAGGAUGAAAAGACAGAGAUCGUCGAACAGAAUGGAGAUACAAGCAAGAGAGGAAAAGGUCCGCAGAGAAUAAGUAGGAGAUCAGCAAAGCAGAAAUGAUUUGUUCUGCCUAAAGGAAACAUAUUCACAUUCUUCAGUACUGAGUCAAGUUUAUUGGAGAUAUUGGACGUCAUUUAAUAAAUCAAGAUCAUUAUGCAACGAUGGCGGUUAUUUCCAAACGGGUAAAGUAGAUGCCUAUAGAGGGCACAUUGAUGGUCUAUGCUUUCUUCCACAUUCGUAUUAUUUUUGUAUUAGCCAAGUCAAGGAUCACAUUCAAAUUUCGUUGAAUUUACAAUAUGGUGCGUCACCGCAUCAGUUGCCGCGAUCAGGCCAAAUUUCUAACUUUGGGGUCGACAUCGCACGCAGGUGCAGGCAGCGCACAGUGCUAGUGCUUCAAAAAUGAAAACCAUAUGGCAAGAAUUCGCCAAAAACGGUCUAAAUUUCGCAAAGAAAUAUGCAGGCAAAUUUCUCUCCUACAUCCUGGACCCUAGUAAACAGCAUAUCCGCCUGAGCCGCGUCGGCCAAUGCAGAAUAAUCGCAUGCAUGCAUUUACUUUUGUACUAUCAGCACGCUCAACAGAUGUCUACUUUUUCCCAUGAGCAUUGCAAAUUUUGGCCUGUCCGCUGCAACUGAUAGAUGGCGCAUCAUAUUGUGAAUCCACCAAAUUAAAAGUUACAUGGGAGUAACUAUGGUCCUGGUGAUGACAGUUUGAAUACAAAUUUCUUAAAUACAAUCAUUUUUUUUUUGGCAAGUCUACCUGACAAUCGUGUUCAAAUCUUUUAACCUUUUUCCACUUGGCAAAUAUUUCUGUUCACCAAACCAAGCACUUAGAUCACAUGUAUUCUAAAUAAAAAUUAUAUGUGCAUGGAAACAUUUGGUAAGAACUAUAGAUAUGGGCCUCAUGGUGGCAGUAAUGAAUUUAAACAUUACAUUUGUUUUUUAAUGCAAUGCUAUCAUAAAUCUCGUAAAGGCAGUGUUAUUAUCAUUAAUCAGUAUAAUGCUAAUCCCUCAAAUUACACCGAGCAGGGUGCUAUAUAAGCACUUGCCCGAUUGCCCGGGGCAAGUAAAAGUUAGAGUCGGGCAAGUGUUUUGAAGUAAAGACCAAAACUACUUGCCCGAAUUGGGCAAGCAAAAUUCUCACAGUAAAAUGACAAAAAUUAGGGUUGAUAACCCAAUCUUUGGUCAUGGCAGGCAAGAUAAAAUUACUUUGGAAAAAGAAAUGCAAUAACAAGGUAGAUCAGUUCAUGUCAAAAGAGAAAAAAGGUCAAUCGUUUAUAAAACCGCAAUACAUGUCCUUUCUUUUCAAGAGGUAAAACUUUCAGGAUUUUUUCGGGCAAGUGAAAUAGAUUUUCAGGCAAGUAUAUUAUAACUAUUUUGAAAUUAACUUUCCUGACUGGGCAAGUGCUUCUAAAAAGUUAUGGAGCACCCUGCACCAAGUUAGAUGUAAUGAUGGUCAUCUGCACGUGUACUCAUAUAAUACUUUCACCUUGACAUAAACUCAGUUUUAUAGACAUCGAUGUCUCAUUCUACCCCAUUUGUUUAUCAAGUCUGCCAGACAAUCAUGUUCAAAUCUUGUUACUGUUUUGGCCAUAAUUGGGGACAUUCGGGUGAAUUUAUACUUGCAUACUAUAGGAUAGAGAAGGCCUUAUAUUUUGCUCUUUUUUUAUUAAUUUUUUUAUUCAUACUAAUUAUACUAAUGUUAUUUCGUGUGUGAUAAUACAAAAAAUAACCUCAGUAAUAGUAGUCAGGAAAGUGUUUGAGUGUAUUAUGAAAUAAAUUGUUACCAUUUUGAUUUUUAACGUCAAAAGUCAUGGAUGGAAUAGAUGGAAAAUUAAUCAUUGUGUCUACCUCAGAUAUUUUGCAUUAAGAUACAUGUACUUAAGGGCUUGUAGUCAUUGGCAUGAUACUACAUGUAUGUGUACAUGCCUGGCAGUUGUAUGUUUGUGGUUUGUUUACUGUAUUAAAGAUAUUUUUGUACUGUAGUAUACUUACAUUAUAGACACAUUGUUAUCACUAGAUUGCUGGCAUCUAUGUUUGUCGUUUUAUAGUAUAAGACUCUGAAUUACAUGCAUAGAGUAGUAGAGAUGUAAAGUUUUACCAAUUAGGUUAAUAGUAUGUUCUUAAUGUUUUAAUGUUGUAGCUAUUAGAAAAUGUCAUUUGAAAAAUAUGUACUUCAUAUCUCUGAUAAGUACUAGCAGGAGACUAUAUGUUAACUGCAUGGUGUGUGAUUGUAUGAAUACUUUUUGUUGUAAAUUGCCUCUUGGUCUACACACACUUUGUCAACUUUUUCUUUGGUCUCAUCCGACAUACAUGUAGUCUAUCUUGUUCAUCUACAGCCAGUUUGUUGGUACUAUCAACUCUUCGAUCUAAUUGCCACUUAGUCCAUUUGCCAUUAGUCUAAUUUCCAGUUGGGCUACAUAUUUUGCCAAGCAUCCACCUGGGGUUCGUUUCAUGAAACUUGUUAUGGACUAAAAACAACGUUGCAGUAAUAGUUAAAUGCUACUGAAAUCCUUGAAUCUGAUUGGCUGAAAGUAAAUUUGUUAUAGAAACUGAGCAUUUGUUGUUAUAACAAGCCUUUAUGAAACGGGACCCUGGCCUAACACCACUUAGCCUAUGCGAGUAUAAACUGCUUAUUAUCCACAUUUUCACUUUUCAAAGUGUAAAGAUUAUCUGAGCAUUGGACUGAAAGGCGGAGCAUACUCGGGGCUGAAAAUAAUUAUAUCCAGAUGAAUAGAGUAAAAUUCAUAAUACUAGAAACCUGAUGAAUUCAAAUCUAAUAAUAUAUCUGUAAAGCGCUUAGAGACAUAGUUCCGCUGUGUUAAGCGCUGUAUACAUGUAAAUGCGGAAUAUUAUUACUAAUUUUCAGUUACAUCUUUUCCAAUGUCCACAAUCGGAGGUGCGCUGCCCCCCCCCCUGGCCCUAUUCUGCAGGCACAGACCCUUGCUUUUUACAAUUCACUUAGUGCAUGGUGCAGAGUCUGACGUAGUAAGACUAGGUUCACAAUUUACUGUGAAUGUUACCUGAAACAGACGAGAGAGUUCAGAGUCUAGUCUUAACUCUAGACAUGGUUUUGGUGUCAAAAAUAAGACUGCUUGCAGACAACCCUAUCCCUUCUUAAUUUUUUUUUCUAGGAAAUGUGCCAUUACAUUUAUUUGCUAUUCUGGAGCAAGUUGCUGAAAUGUGUAUUUUAACUUCAGUUUCCUUUACAUAAGGAUACAAAUAGAAUACUAGUAUUAAAGGCAAAAGAGAAAGCAACAUCAAGAUACAUGAGGAACUGUAGUUCUUCUUCCAUUAGAUACUUGUAAAAAAGAAGAAAAAAAAGAAAUACAAAUAAUACAUGACCAUACGAGCCAUAAUAAGCUGCACAUAUAGAUUUAUAUUUGCCAAGUCUUACAUUUUGUUUGUCUAUAUUUCAGCCUGUUUUGUCCUCAUAAGUAUGACCAUUAUGUAUACUUUCCCACAAGUGCUAGCAUCAUAUGGCAUUUUACUUCGCUACAGUUGCGAUGAUCUAACAUUUAAGUUGCUUACUUAAAAAAAUCAUGCGCCAUUUUCUCAUUUUACGGUUAUACAUUUAGAUUUACGUAUCAAAUCUACAGUAUUUUAUGAUAUCUUUUAAUGAGAUAUUGUGUACAGACUUCUGUUUUGUACUAUUUUUUACAUUUGAUGAAAAUAAAUGAAUUCUAUACAACAAAAUGAAAUAUUUCAUAAUGAAUCUUAUGUGCACCCUAAAUAAAAGAGUUCUGGAGCCUCUAACAUCAAAAUAUACAAUCAAUUUUAAAGUUAUUAUAAAUAUAGCAACAUGAUCUAAAUAUUACAA